ACCGUGAUCACCAUCGACAGCUUGUUUUUCUCUUGACCUGGGAUUUCAAAGAAAAUAAUGAAGAAACAAGCAGAGUUAAUGAGAAGGCUUGGAGAUGGAGAAGAAGGUGGUUAUGAUGCUAUUGUUGUGGGGUCUGGAUAUGGUGGUUCUGUUGCUGCUUGUCGGAUGUCAAUGGCGGGAAUAAAGGUAUGUUUGAUUGAGAAAGGCCGGAGAUGGGAAGCUCAGGAUUUUCCAACUGACAGCUUGAAGAUCAUGUCUGCUGUGAGGAUGGAGAACCAGAACUUAGGUGUCAGCUUUGGCCCAAAAGAUGCUUUAUUCCAGGUACAUGAACAAAAUGAUUCUCUAGCAGCAGUGGCAUGCGGGCUUGGUGGAGGUUCACUUGUGAAUGCAGGAGUGACGGUGCCAACCCCAGUUCGAGCCAGAAGGAAUCCGAAGUGGCCAAAGGAAUGGGAAAGGGAUUGGGAAAAUUGUGAAGCUUCUGCCGCAGCCAUGCUGAGAAUACAAAGUGUUCCUGUCAAGUUUCCUGUUGCCAAAGUCUUGGGAGAAAUAUUAGCCGAUGGACAGAUUGAAAAAAGUUUUGAGACGUCUUCAUUGCAGCUAAGCAUGAAUUUUGGUCUUGAAGAGCCUCAAAGCAAUAUUAAUCCCUGCUUAGCCUGUGGAAACUGUCUUGCUGGAUGUCCUUAUAAUGCCAAAAGUUCUACUGACAAAAACUAUUUAGUUUCGGCAAUCCAGGCAUUAUUUUCUAGCUAUCAUUUAAUUUGUGGCUGGCAUGGCCACCCGGUACCAAUAGAAGCUCUAGGGGUGGUUGCGGGCUUGUGGCAACCACUGGCAGGAUGUCAUGUAAUAACAGAAUGUCAAGUUCAAUAUGUGGUUAAAAAACCAUAUGAAAUUUACGAAGAAGAAGGCAUAAUUGGCAGAAAGAGAAGAAGAUGGCAUGUUUACUUGAAUGAGAUUGACUGCAUAACUGCUGAUUUUGUAGUCCUUUCAGCGGGAGUUUUGGGCACAGCUGAGAUACUUUUCCGGUCACAAAUGAGAGGAUUGAAACUUUCAGAUGCACUUGGGUCUGGAUUCAGCUGUAAUGGGAAUAAUGUGGCUUAUCUUGCUGGAAGCCCAGCACCCAUGAGUGCUUACGGAUUAAACCGAAAGCAACUCUCAAACAUACCUUUUCAAGAACGGCCGGGGCCAUCCAUCUCUUCAUCUUAUACAUCUUCAUUGGGAUUCACAAUCCAGAGUGCUAUACUUCCAACAGCUUAUCCUUACUUGCUGUUCAAAGGGAUCGUAACUUAUGGUUGGCCAGCUGGAUCCUGGUUCUUUCAUGGGAUAGUUGACAAGAUAAAACACAUUGCAGGUUUUAAAGCAAGCCAAGCAAUGAUUCUCAAUGUAAUGGGAUAUGAUGACAGUGAUGGGAAAAUUACAUUUGAUAAGGACAUGAAUAGAAUCUGCUUUAGUCCACCUCACGAUCCUUUACUCCCAAGGAAAAUCAAUGCCUUUCAGAAGCUCACUAAGAAAUUAGGAGGAAUACUCUUCAUGUCAAGGUACCGAAGCACAUCAGUUCAUCUUUUAGGUGGGUGCAAUGCAUCGUCCGAUCGUUUAUGUGGUGUUUGUAAUCCGAGUGGUCAGGUUUUUGACCCAGAAGGUACCGCCAUUGUACACGCCGGCCUCUAUGUCUGCGAUGCCUCUUUAAUCCCGUGUUCUGUUGGCAUAAACCCAUCUCUUACUAUUGCAACUGUGGCUGAGUGCGUAAGUAGGCACCUUGUGAGGGAUGUUCUUAAGCACAAGAGCAAUAACGGUAUUGAAAUUCCUGUUAAAACUGUUCAUCAAGAUCCACAUGAUUCGAUCACUGAUAAGAGUAUAAAGAGUGAUUGGAGAUCGAUGGUCACUUUUAAUGAAACCAUGGAGGGUUAUGUAGGCGGUAUGCCAUGCAUAGCUUAUCUGAAAGUGAAGAUGAACUCUCAAGAUCAUCAGGGCCCGGGUGAGUGGAAAUGUCAUCCUCUUUUAAGAGGGAAAGUUGGUGGAUAUGUGGAAUUUAAAGCCAUUGAGAAGGAUAAUUUACAUAUAAUAGAUGGGGAAAUAAAUUUGUGUAAAGCAGAAUGCAGAACUCCUUACACACAGUAUAUGCAUUAUCAUCUUCUCCUUGCAGCUUCUUCUGGUUCGAGAUAUAUUCUUGAGGGAAGGAAGAUAAUGAAUCCUUAUCUCUUUGGAUUAUAUGCUUGGAGGGAGACAACAACACUGCAUGUGACAUUUAAAAAAGUUAUUGAGAACAAUUCAAGGGAAGACAUGGUGAAUCUAAAAGGCGAGCUUUGUAUCUCCAUGGUACAGCUUUUGAAGAGCAUCUUAAGUCUUGGAGGAAACGAGAGAGGGAGGUUCAUAGGUCAUCUAUUACACACUCUCCUAAGAACCUAUUUUUUACAGAUACCGCGAGGGAGUCAAGCGGACUACACCCUAUCAGAUUCGCAUGUUAAACCUUAUCCAAGCAGCACCCUCCAUGAAAUAAAAACAGAAGAUGGAUGUUUUAUCAGUUGCAGGCAAUGGAAAUGCACCCAAAAUCCAUCGAGGCUUGAAGGACCAAAACUACUAAAUCCAGUUCUCCUGCUUAAUGGUCAUUCUGCUGAGAGUUACUGGUUGCCAACAGAACCAAAUGAUUUAGUCAGAACUUUACUAGAAGAAGGGCAUGAAACAUGGCUACUGCAACCAAGGUUGCACCCUUUGAAUCCUUCAAAGGACUUCACAAUUGAAGAUAUUGGAAGAUUUGAUGUCCCAGCUGCAAUAAAUAAGAUCCUUGAAUUGCAUGGGCAGCAUACAGUAAUACAUGUAGUUGCACAUUGUGUUGGAGGCUUAGCCAUACAUAUAGCUCUAAUGGGGGGGCAUGUGUCUGCAACCCAUAUAGCUUCCCUGUCUUGCACCAAUUCUUCAAUGUUCUUCAAGCUUAACGCUUCAUCAAUGUUCAAAAUGUGGCUUCCUCUGGUCCCGCUUUCCAUGGUUAUACUAGGCAAGAACAAUAUCUUGCCUCUGUUGGAAACAUCAAAGUGCAGUUUCCGUCAUCGGCUCUUGAAAAUGAUUGCUUGUUUGAUACCACGCUAUGAGAGAUGCACCUGCAACGAAUGUGAGGUUUUUUGUGGUAUAUUUGGAAGCGCAUUCUGGCAUGGAAAUGUAAGCCCCAGCAUGCACUACUGGUUAAACAAAGAGAGUACUUUGACAAGGCUUCCCAUGGCAGCAUUUCCCCACAUUCGAAAAAUAUGCAAAGCCGGUUUCAUUGUGGACAGCAAUGGCUACAACAAAUAUUUGAUACAUCCUGAGAGAAUGGCGCUCCCUACGCUUUAUAUUUCCGGUGGACGGAGUCUCCUUGUGACUCCAAAAACUUCUUUUCUUGCUAACAAGUACAUGAAGUUAAACCAGCCUGGCUUUAGACAUGAGAGAGUUGUUGUGGAGGGUUUUGGGCAUUCGGACCUUUUGAUUGGAGAAGAGUCUGAUAAGAAGGUUUUUCCUCACAUUUUGUCUCAUAUCAGAUCAGCUGAAGAAGGAAAUGGUGUAACUGGCGCUCCAGGAAGGAAGUACACUAAAGAGGCAGCCUUGGAGUCGGAAGAUGAUCCAUAUGAAGAAUAUGGAGGGUUUGACAGUUGGUUUUCUCCUUUAGUUGUUGUUUUGUUGUUUUUCUUGUUGUUUCUCGUGUUAGUUUAACUUCCCAGAGGAAUACUAUAAACCACACUUAGAAUUAAUUAUUUUUUUUUUAGUUUUUUACAAGAGCGAAUCCAAGAUUUAAUUGACACUAUAGUGUCAACA